AUGACUAAAUUCUACGCUGUACGACGGGGACACCAACCUGGAAUCUAUCUAAAUUGGGAAGAGGCGCUAGAAAAUCUUGCUGGCUACAGUAAUAAUGAACACAGAAGGUUUACCGAUAUUGACGAGGCUCGACAAUACAUGACUUACAACUAUAAUGAGAAUUUCCUUUAUUUUGACGAUACCAUCUAUCAUACGUUUAGUGGAACAAUAAAUGUCUGGACUGAUGGCUCUGCCAUCAAUAAUGGUUAUUCGAAUUCACGGGCAGGCUAUGGCGUGUUUUACAGUUACAACGACGAUCGUAAUAGAAGCAAAAGACUUGAUGGAGAUAUUCAAACAAACCAAAGAGCAGAACUGGCUGCAAUCUAUUUGGCAGUUGGCCAUGCAAUAAAAUACCGUCCUAAACGGCUCUUCAUUUACACCGAUUCGCAGUACUCAAUUAACUGUCUCACCAAAUGGUACACCAAAUGGGAGUCGAACGGGUACAUGACUGCUAGCAAUAGAGAUGUCCAAAACCAAGAUUUUAUUAAGGCUAUUCGUGCAAGAAUUGAUUACUUGAAAAUGUACGAUGUCAAAAUUAUGUUGUGUUUUGUAAAUGCUCAUGGCUCUAGUUAUGGAAACGAUCAAGCUGAUACUUUGGCAAGACGUGGCGCAAAUCUUCCUACUAAUCUAGAAAUGGGAAGAUUACCACUCACCAUAGAUGUACUAGAUGGAAUCUCUUCUGAAAGUGAAGGUGAAUAUUAUGAAAGCGAUUCUGACGAAGACGAAAGUGAUUAUGAUGAAGAUGAAACUGAUUAUGAUGAAGAUGACUAUAAUGAAGAUGAUUGUUAUUAUUGUUAA